AUGAGCGACGACUCUACCCCAGAUUAUUCCCCAUCGCCUUCCCACUUGGUCUCUGCCCCGCACAUCAUCCCUGCUGUAGCUCGGUGGCUAACCAGCGAAUCCUCACUCCACAGCACGAACUUGCCAGAGAACCUCCUCGAGACAACCACUUCUGCACUGAAAGACAUAAUCAUGGGCGGACAACCUGCUCCGAAGGCAGGCGGCCAGUAUCCUCAAUUGUCCGCGAAACCGAUCGGACAGCGGAUCUCGCGGAUUUAUAAGGAGCGCAUUGAUUCCUUUACGGCGGGCGGCCAAUAUGAGAGCCAAAACCUACGAUCUAUGCUGAACGAGGCUGUGGUGUCUGGAGAACCCCAUAUCAAACUAUCAGUCUACAACGUGCCAGACCUUGCUCGGCCGCCCUUCAAAGAUGCCGUUUCACACGACUUUAAGCCCACUAAAGUCGGCGAGUCUUUUGGCUCGUCAUGGUCGACCCACUGGUUUAGAGUGGCCCUCACCAUUCCCAAGGAGCUACUGAAAAAGGAGCUUCUUGAGUUACACUGGGAUGGUAAUAAUGAGGCGCUCGUGUGGUCUGAGGAUGGCCACCCGUUGCAGGGCCUAACAGGCGGAGGCGAAAGAGUAGAAUGGGUUAUUCCUGAUUCCUUCAGAGAUGAAAGAGAGCACAUCGUAUAUGUGGAGAUGGCUUGUAACGGCAUGUUCGGCAACGCUCCUGGAGGAGACUCCAUCCAACCACCUGAUCCAAACAGGUAUUUCAGAUUGGGCAAGGCAGAUAUUGUCGCUGUUAACGUUCAGGCGAGGGCUUUACGCCUGGACUUCUGGGUUAUUGGUGAUGCUGCGAAGGAGUUCCCAGAAAACUCCUGGGAGCAGCACAAAGCCCUUCAAGUCGCAACGUCGAUAAUAGAUACUUUCGAGGCUGGCAACCAGGACUCGAUUAUAAAAGGUAGGAAGAUUGCCCAGGAAUACUUGGGCGAGAACGUAGAUUCUGAAAAGGUCUACGAAACUGGAACUGAACCCCUUGUAUAUGGAAUUGGUAACUGCCACAUCGAUACAUGCUGGCUCUGGCCAUGGGCUGAGACCAAAAGAAAGGUCGCUAGAAGUUGGACAAGUCAAUGCAACCUCCUUGAUUAUUAUCCAGAGCAUCGCUUUACGGUCUCUCAAGCACAGCAAUUCAAAUGGCUGAAGGAGUUCUAUCCAUCCCUUUUUGAUAGAGUCAAGGCGCAUAUUAAGAAGGGUAACUUCCAGACUGUUGGAGGUAGCUGGGUGGAACACGACACAAAUAUGCCAAGUGGAGAAUCGCUUGCUCGACAGUUCCUAUACGGCCAACGCUUUUUUGAGAGCAACUUUGGGAAGCGAUGCAAGACGUUCUGGCUUCCAGACACCUUUGGCUACUCUGCGCAACUCCCGCAACUGUGCAGGCAGUCAGGCAUGAAGCGUUUCUUCACCCAGAAGCUGAGCUGGAACAAUAUCAACAAAUUCCCGCACACCACAUUCAAUUGGGUGUCCCUUGAUGGAAGCCAGGUCAUCUGCCACAUGUGUCCGUCCGAGACAUAUACUGCGGAAGCUAACUUUGGCGACCUUCGUAAGAGCGUAACCCAACAUAAGUCGAUGGAUCAGGAUGCGACCUCGCUUUUGGUCUUUGGGAAGGGUGACGGUGGUGGUGGUCCUACGUGGGAGCAUUUGGAGAAGCUCAGACGUUGCAGAGGGUUGAGUGAUAAAAUAGGCGCAUUACCUAGAGUUCACAUGGGACAGUCCGUAGAGGACUUCUAUGACCGACUCGAAGACCGAAUUGGGAAGGGCUUGGAUCUCGUCACUUGGUAUGGUGAGCUGUACUUUGAGCUUCACCGUGGGACAUACACCACCCAGGCGAACAACAAGCGCAAUAAUCGGAAGGUUGAGUUUCUGCUUCGCGAUAUUGAGCUUUUGGCUACUGCUGCGUCACUUAAGAAUUCGAAAUACAAGUAUCCCAAGGAGGAUAUAGAUGAUAUAUGGGAGGCUACGUUACUGUGCCAGUUCCAUGAUUGUCUACCGGGCAGUUCGAUAGAGAUGUGCUACGACGACUCGGAUGAACUUUACGACAAGGCAUUCACGACUGGGCACAGACUGUUAAAAGAAGCCCACAAGGCACUUGGUCUUGAGGACCCUGUAGUCACUGGGGUUAGUGGUGGACUUGUUGCUGUGAAUACCCUUCCAUGGUAUCGUAAAGAGAUUGUGAGCAUCUCAGCGACCGCGGCCGGCAUAGCCUGUGGAAGCGGAACUGCCAUCACCGUCAAGCCAUUCAAGAUCGCCGAAAAGCCAGCUGUGACAGUCCGCGAAGUGAUCGAGGACGUCUUCGUCCUCGAAAACGACCAGCUCAGAGUCCAGGUCGAAGGCGGGAACAUCACGUCUCUCUACGACCACCGAGCCGGACGCGAAGUCGUCCCCAAAGGCAGCCGGGCCAACCAGCUCGUCAUCUUCGACGACAAGCCGCUCUACUGGCAGGCCUGGGACGUCGAAGUCUACCACCUCGACUCGCGCAAGGAGCUCCACGCAUCCAGCACCCGCGUCAUCGAGAACACCCCCUACCGCGUCAGCGUGCAGAGCGAGACUCGCAUCAGCGAGGAUUCCUACAUCCUAACAACCAUCAGCCUCAGCGCCGCCUUCCCCAACCAGCCCUCCCUCGUCGAAAUCACCGCCGACGUCGAGUGGAACGAAACCAUGCGCUUCCUCAAAGUCGAAUUCCCCAUCGACAUCCGCAACACCGAGGCCUCGUACGAAACGGCAUUCGGCAUCGUGCGCCGCCCCACGCACUACAACACCACCUGGGACAUGGCCAAGUUCGAGGUCUGCUGCCACAAGUGGGCUGAUCUGAGCGAGCACGGCUACGGCGUGUCGGUGCUGAACGAGUCGAAAUACGGGUUCGCGACGUGCGGGAACGUGAUGAGACUUAGUUUGCUGAGAGCCCCCAAGGCGCCCGACGCGCAUGCGGAUAUGGGGAGGCAUCAUAUUAAAUGGGCGUUGCUCCCGCAUCAGGGGGAGCUGGGGAGUGAGACUGUGAGGGCGGGAUACGCGUUUAACAACCCCAUGCGCGUGCUUCGCGCGCCGGCGACGGCGGUUGAGGCGCUGAAUGUGCUUGAUAUCAGGGUCACCGGGGAUGUGAGUCUGGUGCUUGAUACGGUGAAGAGGGGGGAGGAUGAUGAGGAUGUUAGUCGGGGGGAGCUGCCGAAGCGGAAGGGGAGGAGUGUGGUGGUGAGGAUCUUUGAUAGUUUGGGGGGGACGAGUAGGGGGGUUAUUGAGACGGGGUUUAAGGUUAAGAAGGCGUGGAAGACGAAUGUGCUUGAGGACGAGGGGGAGGAGGUGGAGGGGGGGGAGGGGGGGGUGAGGAUUUGUUUGAGGCCGUUUGAGGUUGCGACGUAUAGGUUGGAGGUUUAG